GUGGCGUAUAUUUAAACUAGAUCUCACGGUUAUCAACUCACCUCGUUUUCGCUUCCUGCCAUUUUUACUACGUUUUCACGAAUCUCUAAUUUUAACUAAUUUUCCUCCAUCUUCUUCAAUGAUUAUGUAAAAGCCUGCAAAAUCUCAGUUGUCCAGUACAAUGGCUACCCUCUCCUUUUCUUCCCUCAAACCAAACACGUUAUUUUCUUCUUUUCUCUUCCCUUCUAAAAACAUAUCUUCCCGCCCAAUUAUCUAUACCCUUCCUCAUCGGAACACUCCUCCACUCACUUUCUCUGCUGCCAAACGCCCUCCCGCCGCAUCCGCAACCAAUUCAUCCUCUUCCGUUACCGUCGAAACCGUCUCUCCUGAAAAUGACGAUAACUCAACCGUUUUCGUCAUCCGUGCGCGUAACCGUACCGGUCUCCUCCAAGUUAUCACGCGCGUCUUCAAUAUCCUCGGUCUAAGCGUCGAGAAGGCCACCGUAGAUUUUGAAGAAGACUAUUUUGUCAUGACGUUCUUCGUAACUGAUUCCCGCGGCAACAAGAUCGAUGAUCAGAAGAGCUUGGAAAGUAUCAACAAGGCCUUGAUCGACGCAAUCGACGGUGACGAUGAUGCCGCCUUGUCUGUGGCUCCGUCAGAUAGAGGGGUCGUGGUUAGGAAGCCUCGGUUGGAUUUUGGGGAGAGGAAAGGCCAAGCUGAGAGGAUGCUUGGAUUGAUGGAUGUUUUCUUGAAGAACGACCCGAUUAGCUUACAAAAGGAUAUUUUACAUCACGUUGAGUACACGGUGGCUCGAUCGCGAUUUAGUUUCGAUGAUUUUGAAGCUUAUCAAGCUUUGGCGCACAGUGUAAGAGAUCGGUUGAUUGAACGUUGGCAUGAUACUCUGAUACAUUUCAAGAAGGAAGACCCAAAGCGAGUUUACUUUCUUUCGCUUGAGUUUCUUAUGGGGCGUUCGUUGUCAAAUAUUGUCAUCAACCUUGGAAUUCGCGACCAAUUUGCAGAUGCUUUAAGCCAGCUUGGUUUUGAUUUUGAAGUUUUAGCUGAACAGGAAGGAGAUGCUUGCCUGGGCAAUGGAGGCCUUGCUCGUCUUUCAGCAUGUCAAAUGGAUUCUCUAGCAACUUUGGACUACCCUGCAGUGGGCUAUGGAUUACGCUACCAGUAUGGGUUGUUCCGUCAAGUUAUAGUGGAUGGAUUUCAACAUGAACAGCCUGAUUAUUGGUUAAAUUUUGGAAACCCUUGGGAGAUUGAGCGGAUUCACAUAACAUAUCCUGUAAAGUUCUAUGGGACAGUCACAGAUGAAUUUUUGAAUGGAGAGAAAUGUAAAGUUUGGGUUCCUGGAGAAAUGGUUGAAGCUGUGGCAUAUGACAAUCCAAUACCUGGUUAUGGAACAAGGAAUACCAUUAAUCUUCGCCUUUGGGCUGCGAAACCAAGUGAUCAACAUGAUAUGGAGUCUUUUAACACUGGGGAUUAUGUUGAUGCUGUAGUCAAUAGACAGAGGGCUGAAAGUAUUAGUAGCAUACUAUACCCCGACGAUCGUUCUUAUCAGGGCAAAGAAUUGCGGUUGAAACAGCAGUAUUUCUUUGUAUCCGCAUCAGUACAAGAUAUCUUCAGAAGAUUCAAAGACACUCAUAAAAAAUUUGACGAGUUUCCAGAGAAGGUUGCACUGCAGCUGAAUGACACUCAUCCAUCUCUUGCAAUAGCUGAGGUGAUGAGAGUGCUUCUGGAUGAAGAGCAUUUAAGCUGGCAUAGAGCAUGGGACAUCAUAUGCAAAAUAUUUUCGUUCACAACUCAUACUGUAUCACCUGAAGGACUGGAGAAAAUUCCUGUGGAUCUACUGGGCAACCUUCUCCCUCGACAUUUGCAGAUUAUAUAUGACAUAAACUUCAACUUUGUGGAAGAGUUAAAGAAGAUGAUUGGUUUAGAUUAUGAUCGGCUGACCAGGAUGUCAAUUGUUGAGGAAGGUGCUGUGAAGAAUAUUCGAAUGGCAAAUCUAUCAGUUAUUUGUUCUCAUACCGUGAAUGGUGUGUCCAGAUUACAUUCAGAGUUGUUGAGAACAAAAUUAUUCAAGGACUUUUAUGACCUAUGGCCGCACAAGUUUCAAUACAAGACUAAUGGGGUGACACAGCGUCGCUGGAUUGUUGUUAGCAAUCCUAGUUUAUGCGCUCUUAUCUCAAAAUGGCUUGGAACAGAAGCUUGGAUCCGUGAUAUUGACCUUUUAAUAGGCUUGAGAGAUUAUGCAACUAAUGCUGAAUUGCAUCAAGAAUGGAAGAUGGUUAAGAAGGUCAACAAAAUAAGGCUUGCCGAGUACAUUGAAGCGAUGAGUGGUUUGAAGGUCAGCUUGGAUGCAAUGUUUGAUGUGCAGACAAAGCGAAUACAUGAAUAUAAGCGGCAGUUGCUUAAUAUACUUGGCAUUAUCCAUAGAUAUGAUUGCAUCAAGAAUAUGGACAAGAAUGAUAGGAAAAAAGUUGUACCACGGGUCUGCAUAAUUGGAGGAAAAGCUGCUCCAGGAUAUGAAAUUGCAAAGAAGGUUAUAAAACUCUGUCAUGCUGUGGCUGAAAAGAUCAACAAUGAUAAUGAUAUUGGAGAUCUUUUAAAGUUGGUCUUUAUCCCUGAUUACAACGUUUCUGUUGCUGAGAUGGUAAUACCAGGGGCUGACCUUUCUCAACAUCUAAGCACUGCAGGACAUGAGGCAUCAGGAACUGGCAGCAUGAAAUUCUUGAUGAACGGAUGUUUACUUUUAGCCACAGCAGACGGUUCUACAAUUGAAAUGGUUGAAGAAAUAGGUCAGGAUAACGUGUUCCUGUUUGGAGCAAAAGCGCAUGAAGUUGUUGCGUUGCGCAAGAAAGGACCCACUCUUAAAGUUCCUCUUCAGUUUUCGCGUGUUGUAAGGAUGAUCCGAGACGGUCAUUUCGGGUUUGAAGACUAUUUCAAAUCUUUGUGCGACAAGAUAGAGGGCACGAGUGACUAUUUUCUUCUUGGUGCCGAUUUUAUGAGCUAUCUAGAGGCCCAGGCAGCCGCUGAUAAAGCGUUCGUUGAUGAAGAGAGAUGGAUAAAAAUGAGUAUACUUAGUGCAGCUGGCUCUGGGAGAUUUAGCAGUGAUAGGACAAUCCAAGAGUAUGCUGAAAACACUUGGGACAUUCAACCUUGCAGAUGUCCCUUUUGAUUUGGGAAGUGAUGAAGCUCUCGCAAUGUCAUGUGCGGGGCUUUUUUAUUUAAUAAUAAAAUAAAACGAAUUGAAUCGAAUAAAA